AUGACUAUCGAUUCAAUAUUUUCAGAUAUAAUAAAAGAAGAACCAGAUCCAAUAAUCAAAACAAUGGAACAAUUUUCAAAAGAUGAAAAUCCUAAAAAAAUUGAUUUAUCAAUUGGGGUAUAUAAAGACCCCCAAGGAAAUUGUUAUGAAUUUCCAUCAAUUAAACUAGCUAAACAAAUUUUAAAUAAAAACGAUCCUGGUAAUAAUUAUACUAAUAUGGGAGGUAUACCAAAUUUUUUAAAUGGUGCACAAGAUUUAAUAUUUGGCUCAAAAAUUAAACAACUGGGGAAAAUUGUAUCUUUACAGACUAUUUCAGGUACUGGUUCAUUGCAUAUUGCAAUGAUUUUACUUAGGGAAGUAGGUUUUAUAAAUUAUUAUAUAGGGACUCCUACUUGGCAAAAUUAUAUACCAAUGAUUGAACAUAUUAGAGGUAAUGUAAAAACGUAUAAUUAUUAUAAUGAAAUUGACAAAUCAAUUGAUUUUGAAAAUAUUGUGGAAGUAUUAAAUUCUGCUGAUUCAAAUUCAAUUUUUUUAUUUCAAACUUGUUGUCAUAAUCCUACUGGAACAGAUUUUACAAAAGAUCAAUGGGAAAAAAUAGUAAGUAUAGUGAAACAAAAAAAUUUAAAGUGUAUAUUAGAUACAGCAUACCAGGGAUUCCAAACUGGUAACUUAUCAAAGGAUAUAUGGCCCAUAACAUUAUUUUUUCAAAAAAAUUUAGAAUUUUUAGUAUGUCAAUCAUUUGCAAAAAAUAUGGGAUUAUAUUCAGAAAGAUGUGGUGCUUUACAUGUGGUUGUUCAAGAUAAAUCAUUGGUCUCUACUGUGAAAAGUCAACUAGUCAAAAUUUUUAGAAAUGAAUGUUCUUUUGCUCCUGCUUAUGGUUCAAGAUUAGCUAAUAUAAUUUUUGAAAAUUAUGAAUUAAGAAGGCAAUGGGAAAAAGAAAUUGAAAAUUGUUAUAAUAGAUUAAACAAUAUAAGAAAUGAGAUUUAUAAUAAGUUAACACAUGAAUUAAAAACUCCUGGAAAUUGGAAAUAUAUCAAAGAUCAAAAUGGUUUAUUUUGGUAUUCUGGUUUUAAUGAAAAACAAGUUAGUCAAUUGAUCCGUGAUUAUCAUAUAUAUGUAACUGAUAUUGGUAGAAUUAAUUUAGCUGGUUUAAAUGAUAAUAAUAUUGAAUAUUUUUGUAAUUCUAUUGAUAAAGUAAUUAGAUCUUGA